AUACGUGGUCAGAGAAGAAAUGGGGCCCCAACGUUACAGAAUUCCAGCAGAGAUUUGAUGAAGUCAUCACCAGAGGGGAAGGUCCCAGAAGACUCAAGAACCUGUAUUUUCUCUACCUGAUAGAGCUACGGGCCCUCUCCAAAGUGCUGCCGUUCUUUGAGCGCCCAGGUUUCCAGCUCUACACGGGGAAUAAUCAUCACGAUGAGGAAAUGAAAACCCAGUUGCUGGAAAUUCUCCAUCUGGCCAAGUCUUUCCCGCUGCAUUUUGAUGAAAACUCAUUCUUUGCAGGGAAUAAAAAGGAAGCAGCUAAACUAAAGGAGGAAUUUAGGCUUCACUUUAAGAAUAUUUCCAAGAUAAUGGAUUGUGUUGGCUGCUUCAAAUGUCGCCUGUGGGGGAAGUUACAGACACAGGGCUUGGGUACAGCGCUGAAGAUCCUCUUUUCUGAAAACCUGAUAGAAAAGAUACCUGAAAGCGGCCCUUCCUAUGGAUUCCAGCUGACCAGACAAGAAAUUGUUGCCUUAUUUAAUGCUUUUGGAAGGGUUUCAACAAGUGUUAGAGAACUGGAAAACUUCAGGAACAUUUUAAGAAAUAUGCGGUGA